AUGAAUCCUGGUAGAUUGGGACUUACACCGAUGGUUCAAGAGAAUCCGCUAUGGAUUUCGUGGCACGACUCCAACUGGAUACCGGUACUAAAUCCUGGCAAUGUGAUGGACUACUUUUCGGAGAAAUCGAAUCCAUUCUACGAUCGAACAUGCAACAACGAAAUCGUCCGAAUGCAGCGCCAAAGUUUGGAGCUCCUAAACAACAUGACUGGUGUGGAAUAUAUUCCUCUCCACGUUCAAGAUCCGAUAUUGUACGUGAUACGUAAGCAGCACCGUCAUUCUCCGACCGAGGCUACACCGAUGGCUGAUUACUACAUCAUUGCUGGCACAGUAUAUCAGGCACCGGAUUUGGCCAGCGUGUUCAAUUCACGUAUACUUUCCACCGUACAUCACUUACAAACAGCGUUCGAUGAAGCCAGCUCUUAUUCACGUUACCAUCCGAGCAAAGGAUAUUCGUGGGAUUUCUCCUCCAAUAAAGCCAUUGCGGAAAAGACGAAAACACAAACCAAGAAGGAAGCUCCGGUAAAAGAGGAACCGAGUUCAAUUUUUCAACGUCAGCGUGUGGACAUGUUGUUGGGUGAUUUGCUCCGAAAGUUCCCUCUACCCUUGCCACAGAUGACUAACAAUCCUGCAGGUGUCAACUCGACCGAUGGGACCAACGCGAACAAUAAUCACAGUGGUGCUGCCGGCGAGAAUGAUCACGCCGGUUCAGAUCAUGCAAUGAUUAAACAAGAACCUACCGACGGUAGUGGGUCACGAGGAGGUAGUAAUAACGAAGUACCACCCGAGAAGAAAAUGAAACUAUAA